GCCAGUUCCACACGCUCCCGACGACCAGAAACCCACCCGAGACACAGCAACCAACGAGAUGGCUGUUGCAGUCCGCCCCAUUCGCAAGUCCUCGAACCUCGAGAACAUCGGGGUCGGUGUGAAGAGCACCUCCCAGAAAGUAUCGCGCGCAGUUUCGCAGACCGUGUUCCGUGACGCGUCCCUCCGCCGUCGGAACCGUGUCCUCAGCGGACUCAAGGCCCCGAAGCCAGACGACGCUGUGAAGCGCCAGAAGCUCGUUCAGCCUGUUGUCCGAGUGAAUCUCCCCACCCCUCCUGCCUCGCCAUGCACGCCUGUGCGGCACUUUGAGAGAAUGCAGAUCCACGAUAGCAGGACCGGCCCGAUCCCACGUACUCUCACUCGCCCGCCCGCGCGGUUGAUCAGCCAGGAGAAGGUGGCCGAUGUGGACCCUGUCCUAGCAAAGGUGCCUGUGCAGUAUGUUCGAGAUGGUCUAAAACUCUUGGGCCCGCACAUGUGGAGGGUCGCUCAGAGCGUCCGUAUCCCACCCUUUGAUGUCAAGCAGACAUAUACCACUGUUAAAGUCGGCGAUGUCAACGCGCAAAUGCCCACACAUCUGCUCGCGGUGUACAAGCGUCCCGCACACGGCAAGGCAAGUGCACGCGGCGUCCAGCUGCACGCCACGCACAACGUUAUCUUCGCCACGCACUGCGCGUCAAUCCCUGUUCUCACAACUGGGCAGCCAACGCCACAAGCGUCAUAUCCCGGUGACAACAUUACGCUUCCCGUGCUCGCUAUGGCCGUCCCACACCCCGAAUCCUUCACUGCGAUCCACGAAUACCUCUACACCAAGGAUCGGGCCGUUUUCGCUGCGCGCAUCGUGCCAUACCCCUCAACGCGCGUCUCGACGCCCGACCCCGCACACACGCACGCCAGCUGGGUCAGCCGCCUCGCGGUGACGUAUAGCCAGCAGGUGCUCAUCACGCACCUCGCCUUUGCGGCUGGCGCGUACGCCAAUAUGUGCGCGCUCGGCAUCCAAGACGACGGCAUGUGGCAUGCGCUGCAGGCGUCGUGGACCGUCCUGCGCGGCGCACUGCUCGUGCAGCAGCAGGCUCAGCGUGCGCAGUUUGCGCACGUGUAAAGCCCUUUGGCACGUCUUCAAUUGCGACACCUUCACCCAUGAUUCUGCGCAUAUGUUUACCACUUGUACAUGCCCCGUAUCCUUAUGUCUAAUAUGGUUGCGUUGGUCCUCGUUUAUGCUCCUUCUUUUCUUCCUGCGACACCCCAGCUUCCGAGGACCCCUAGCUCUCGCACCAGAAUACCGUAAUAAUUCGUAAACAA